AUGAAUAUUAUACCUUGUUCCCUUAAAACACUCAAGGGGUUAUACGAUAUAUCGGGUGUAGAAUUAGGCCAAGACUUCUAUUGGCAAAUAGGAGGUUUCCAAAUUCAUGCCCAAGUACUCAUCACUUCUUGGAUCGUAAUUACUAUCAUGCUAGGUUCAGUUGUCAUAGUUGUUCAGAAUCCACAAACCAUCCCGACCGACGGUCAGAAUUUUUUUGAAUAUGUCCUUGAAAUUAUUCGAGACUUGAGAAAAACUCAGAUUGGAGAAGAAUAUGGUCCCUGGGUUCCCUUUAUUGGAACUAUCUUCCUUUUUAUUUUUGUUUCGGAUUGGUCGGGUGCUCUUUUACCUUGGAAAAUUAUAGAGUUACCCCAUGGGGAAUUAGCAGCGCCCAAAAAUGAUAUAAAUACUAAUGUUGCUUUAGCUUUACUCACGUCAGUGGCAUAUUUUUAUGUUGGUCUUAGCAAAAAAGGAUUGAGCUAUUUCGAGAAAUAUAUUAAACUAACUCCAAUCCUUUUACCAAUUAACAUCCUAGAAGAUUUCACAAAACCAUUAUCGCUUAGCUUUCGACUUUUCGGGAAUAUAUUGGCGGGUGAAUUAGUCGUUGUUGUUCUUGUUUCUUUAGUCCCCUUAGUAUUCAAGCUCUUAUUUUUGCAACAUUAG